GGUAAACAAACUCGGCUUAAUACACCUGGAUUCAACCCACAACAGCACUACAAUAGUUCGUGUUGUGCCGACAAGACAUCUAAACGACAGAAAGAAGAGGAGCCAUUUCAACGUGUGAGGUAGAUAUCUAGAUACUAACUGUGACAUUUAGAAACAUUGUAAUGGAAGCACAGGUAGGAUUAGCAAGCAGGGAGAUGCCUCCCGAAAGGCCCACGGUUGUUACUGAAGUCAACCCGGUUCGUAUGGAAACUACGUACACAGGCAAUACAGGCAAUGAUCUUGGUAUCGCGACCAUGGGUUACAGAGCUGCUAAAUACAACCCUCCCGAAUGGCAUGAAAGUAAUUAUGCUAAAUAUUACCAGUCGUUUGCCGAUCGCGACAACGCAGAGAGAGUGAGGCACGAGGGAAAGAGAACGGACAAGGAGACGGAAGCGACCACGAACAGAACACAAAACGAUGUUACUAAGAAACUACAGGAACGUGUCCAUGAUAUCAAUUUUUGGAAAUUUGAAUUGAAUCGUGAGAUUCAGGACAUCAUUGCAGAGACUGAUUUGAUGCUUGCUCAAAAGAAGCGACUUGAAAAUGCUUUGGCUGCCACAGAAAUUCCUCUUCACAUCUCCACGGACAACUUAAACGCCAGGCAGAGGCGCCAGACAAUUGAUUUGGUUCAGGAUGAAGUAGAACUGGCUUUACUUAAGGAAGUAGAAAUCAUAAACAAUGUUCAAGAUCUCCUUAGAAAGACCAUAACACAAGCGGAAAAACAAAUAAGUGCUAACCGUGAUGCUAAGCAGAACCUAGAGAUGGACUGGAGUGAUAAAUUGGAGGCCUUUCAGAUUGACACGGCUAGUGGUGCCCUGAGGAACACACACACCCACAAACAAUUCUAUGCCGGCUCUGCCAAGUUUGAAGAAAUUCAGUCAACCCCUGAAUCUUGGGCCCAGUUCACCCAUGACAACAUUGUGCGUGCUGAGCAUGAGCGCAUGGCUUCUAUCCAGUUGCGCACACUGAUUGAUAACGUGCUCCAGGACACAUCCAGAGACAUGCGGGAGCAAUCUGACACUGUGGACGUGGCCUUCCAGAAGAGAAUCCAAGAAAUGCAGGAUGCCAAACAGAAGAUGGAAGAAAAUCUGAGCAAGAUUUGUGAUGAGAUUGCUCAGCAGGAGCGUAACAUUGCUGCCAUGAAGCAGGCUAUUCGCAACAAGGAGAACCCAAUGAAGGUUGCCCAGACCAGACUGAACAACAGGACCUUCAGACCUGGAGUGGAGCUUUGCAGAGAUCCAGUGCAAUACAAGCUUGUUGGUGAAGUUCAGGAAAUUGCCCAGUCUGUGGAUGCCCUAAUGGAACAGCUGAAUGCAGCAGAAAACUCGCUCAAGGAUCUUCAAGACAACAGGAUGGCCCUGGAGAAAGAGAUCUCCAUCAAGGCUAAUAGUUUGUUCAUCGAUAACGGGAAGUGUCUCACCGUACGCACACGCUACCCGUCCACACUCAAGUUGCAAGGAUAUCAAGAGUGAUUAGGACAAACUUGUAAUAGACUGAUCUGCAUGAGUCAAAAUUAAAUUAUCAAAAGAAACAUCUCUCACAAUCAUUUUAUACAAAAAGAUAUUUUAUAUUAGAAACUGCCUGCUCAAACCAUACUUUACAAUACAAGGGCAUAAUAAUAAACAGAUGUCAGCUGAAGUAAAAGAAGUACCAGUGUUGAGAAGUCAUUUGUCUAAAAUCCAUUGUUGCUAGUAUUGAUCCCUUUCUAUUAUUCAUCACAAAUUCUCUCUCUGUAUUGACUAAUCUAUUGGUGAAUUAAGGUUUAGUACUUAAAAACUGUUCUCAAGAUCAAUGGAAGCUGGCACCAGCUUAACUAGGUGUUGCUUAAAUUUAGUAAAUCACAUUUGUUGUAAAUGUAAAUACAAUGGUUUCUUCACUGCUGCCUGAGAGCAGACAAUGUACAGGUGUGAUGUGAUGUUCAGCAUUUGCUCAAUAAAGUGUACAUAUAAAUAUGUA